AUGAUUCCCACAAUCAAUAUUAGUGCCUGGCUCUCUCCCACUUCGACUUCCCAGUCGCGAAAUGCCGUUGUCGACGAAAUUCGAUCAGCCUGUCGGGUAUAUGGAUUCUUUCAGCUUGAAGGUCACGGCAUCCCGCUGGAAAUGCAAAAUGAAGUCCUGGGGUGUGCUGAGCGCUUUUUCUCUCUACCACUAGAGCAGAAACGGGAGGUAUCUAUUAAAAAGUCUGUUGGUUCGGCCAACAGAGGGUAUGAAGAUUUCCAAGGGCAACGUUUGGAGACCAAAGCGUUGCCUGAUCUGAAAGAAGGUUUUUUUAUCGGCGAAGAAAUUCCCGUCGACAGUCCACGGGCAGGAAAGUUUCUUCAGGGCCCUAAUCAAUGGCCAGUAACCCUGCCUCGUGAGAAAUUUCGGGACCCUCUUCUCGAGUACCGUCGCCAAAUGGUCGAACUUGCAGAGCUGGUAUUGCGACUAUUAGGCCUUGCAUUGCCAGAAGAACACUCGUCAGCCAACUUCUUUGAUGAGUUCAUGAUUCAACCGUCUGGCAAUCUGAGGCUAUUGCACUAUCCGCCGCAAACAUCGACGGACGAGAUGCAGCUCGGAGCCGGCGCACAUACUGACUUCGGCGGCCUAACGCUACUACUACAAAAACCAGCCACAAGCGGGCUUCAGGUCUGGUAUCCGCCGACAGCAGCCUGGAUCCCAGUCCCAGUACGCGAAAACGCAUUCGUGGUCAACAUCGGCGAUUUGCUCCAACUCUGGACGGGAGGUUACUAUCGCAGUGCACUACACCGAGUAAUCAACCGGGGAGAGAAUCAUCGGUACAGCGCUCCGUUCUUCUAUAAUGGCAAUGGAGAUUUGGAGUUUGAGCCGAUUGGUAAUGAGUCGGGGCGCAAAACUACGGUCAGUGAGCAUAUUAGGGGCAAGUUACUUACGUCGCUGGGGAAGAGUGAUAAGGAUUCUAUGGCGGUGGUGUAG